AUGGCUGGCAAAUGCGUUCACAAAGGAUGUGGGAAGACUUUCGCCGAUCCGGAGGAGGCCUGCGUGUAUCAUCCAGGUCCACCAGUGUUCCACGAGGGGCAGAAGGGCUGGAAAUGCUGCAAACCCCGCGUCCUGACCUUUGAGGAAUUCCUCGCCAUUCCGCCUUGCACCACGGGCAAGCACUCCACCGUUGACGAUACACCUGCCCCGGAACCCGUACAGGCUGCUGAGGAGCCCGCUGCGCCUGCGACUGAGACUCCUCCCGCGCCCGCACCUGCGCCCGUUGAGACGAAGCUACCGGAGCGCCCAACCAAUACCCCCGCAAAGCCUAUCGUCGAGGAGCCCGACUCGGAUGACCCUGAUGCGGAGAUCCCUGAGAAUGCGACAUGUCGCCGGAAGGGUUGCGGUGCUACAUAUACUCCCUCAGCUGCACGCGAUGUGAACUGCGUCCACCACCCUGGAGCCCCCGUUUUCCACGAAGGCAGCAAGGGUUGGUCCUGCUGUAAGCGACGGGUGCUGGAAUUCGAUCAGUUCUUGAAGAUCCCCGGUUGCACGGAGAAGGUCAGGCAUAUGUUUGUGGGCAAGGCCAAGCCGGCCGGCGAGGAGAAGGUCGAGUCUGUUCGAAAUGAUUUCUACCAGACUGCUUCCUCCGUGAACGUCUCCCUCUAUCUGAAGAAGAUUGACAAGGACCGCGCUCGUGUUGACCUCGCCGAAAAGACUAUCACCUUUGACCUCCCCACCUCCGACAACAAGCGCUUCCAAGAUACAUACAACCUCUUCGCUCCCAUUGACCCGGAGAAGUCAUCAUUCCGCGUGAUGGGUACGAAGCUGGAGCUUACAUUGGUCAAGGCUGAUGGCAGUAGCUGGCCCGUUCUGCGCAGCGAUGACAAGUGGUCUGGGGAGCGCAUUCAGAUUGGUAAUGCGGGUCGUGCGUGA